AUGCGGGUUCUGGAGAUGGAAUCAAGAUCGACCUCUAUUGUCUGUGGGAAGGAGGACAUGAAGGAGGAGGUUGUGCGACUUGGAGUUGGGCUAUCCCUCUGUGUGGCUCGGUCGAUGUUCUUGUUGUGUGAUCACAUUCGCAGUAUGUUAUGGUUUUGUUAUCAGAUAUGGAGAGAUGCAAACAUGGGCACAACUAGUGACAGUCACGUGAUGGAUAGGCUGAUUCGUGUUAUGCAUUAUGUCUACACAAAAUAUAUCAAACCGAAGAAUGGAGUAUAUCAAAAUGAUGGCAACUUUUCGGUCCAUUGGAGAUUGAUUUGGCCAGCGAAUGAGAGUUUUGCUCGUGGAUUUGUGUUGUUGAAUCGCCUUGUCCAUUUUCUCGAUUCAGGACGAAUAUAUGGCCGAGUGUUUACGUCUCGUGUUGAACAAGAGGUGAAGAAGGUAGCGGAGAUGUUGGGGUGUGCCAAGGGGCUUUCAGAGGCGAAUGGGUUUGCGUGGGAUGAAAUGGAAUCCGACAUUUUGGACAUGUGGAAGUCUCUCUGUGACACAGAAGCUAAGGAAGCAACGCCGACUGUGAAAGCCAUAAUGACUGACUUGUUUCUCCCUCUAUAUCACGAAGUAUAUCCACCUAUGUGACGAGUUUCUAGGCGAUGAUUUUAGUUAUGUGUUUCCCUUAACUUAUAUUUAGAGAGAAAUAUAAUUCUCAUGACUUCUGUUCUUUUCUUGUCUUACUACAUAAACAUUGCUUAACCAAAAGCAUACGUUUUUUUCAUUGAUCAAAAUUUUGAAAGGAGGGUACCUGCAGAUGAUGAACAAAA